AUGUCUUCUUCUUCAUCAUCCUAUUCAUUGGAUAAGAUCAAUCCAAAGUUAUUAAGAAGAAUUUACAGAGCUUGUAGACCAACCAAUGAUGAACCAAAUUUAGCAUUGAAUUUAGAAAUUUGUGAUUAUGUUAAUGCUAAAAAAGGGUCAGCACCAAGAGAUGCAGCCAUUGCUGUUGUUAAAUUGAUUGCUCAACGAGAUCCCCAAAUUAGUGAAUUGGCAAUUGCUUUGUUAGAUAAUUUAGUUAAGAAUUGUGGAUAUCCUUUUCAUUUACAAAUUCUGAGAAAAGAAUUCUUGAAUGAAUUGGUCAAAAGAUUUCCUGAAAGACCUCCAAUGAGAUAUACUAGAGUUCAUCGAUUGAUUUUAGCCCAAAUUGAAGAAUGGUAUCAAACUAUUUGUCGUACUUCAAAGUAUAAAGAAGAUUUUGGUUAUAUUAAAGAUAUGCAUAGAUUAUUAUCUAAUAAAGGUUAUGUUUUCCCAGAAGUUAAAGUUGAAGAUGUUGCUGUUUUAAAUCCAACUGAUAAUUUGAAAUCUUUAGAAGAUUUACAAAAAGAAGAAGCCAUUGUUCAUUCUGCUAAAUUACAAGAAUUGAUUAGAAGAGGUAGACCUCAAGACUUACAAGAAGCUAAUAAAUUGAUGAAAAUUAUGGCUGGAUUUAAAGAUGAUAAUGUUCAAGAAAACAAAAAACAAAUUCAACAAGAUAUUAUUAGAUUAACUAGAAAAGUUGAAAUUUUAGGUGAAAUGUUGACUUCAAUUGAAAGUCAAGGUGGUAAAAUUGAUGAUAAUUCCGAUGAAGCAAUUAUUGAAUUGUACUCUGCUGUUAAAAGUUCUCAACCAAUUAUUAAUAAAAUGUUGGAAGAAGGAAAUGAAGACGAUGAAGAAGGUGUUCAUAAAUUAUUGGAAUUGAAUGAUAAUGCCAAUAAAGUGAUUAACAAAUUCCAAUUAUUAAGAGGUGGAAAUGUUGCUGAAGCAAGUAAGAUUAAAACUGGUUCAGCUUCACAAGAAUUGAAUUUGAUUGAUUUUGAUGAUGAACCUGAAGAUGUUUCUGCUUCAAAAGAACAAGGUUAUACUGAUUUAUUAAGUGAUUUAUCUAACUUGACUUUUGGUGAAAACAAUGCUAAUACUUCUAAUGCUAUUGGUUCAAGUGGUGCUCAAGUUAAUCCACUUAAUUUAUAUGGAGCUGGUGGUUCAAUUUCUUUAGGUAACAAUUCAGGAUUUGCUACUCCAACUCCACCUGUUAAUCAAUUACAACAACCAACCCCAACUUCAAGACCAAAUACUACUGCAUCAUCUAAUUUUGACUUGUUGGGUGAUUUGAAUUCCCCAUCUCCACAAUUACAAUCCAAUACUGCUGGUGUUGCACCACAAUCAUCAUCAUCAGCAUCAAACUUUGAUUUGUUGGGUGAUUUAAAUUCUCCAUCUCCUCAAUUACAAUCAAACAAACAAUUAGAUCCAUUUGCUUUACAAUUCCCAUCAUCUACACCAAGUCGAGUCACUACUAAUAACACUGGAUAUUCUAAAAUGAUUCAAGUUGCUCAACCAGGAGGUAUUUUAAAAAUUGAAAUUGGAGUUCAAAAUUCAACUUCAACUUUAUUACAAGGUAAGAUUUUAUUCAGUAAUUUACAAAGUUCAAGUGUUUCUAAUUUAACUUUUUUAAUUGCUGUUCCAAAAAGUUGUAAAUUAGAUUUACGCCCUCAAACUAGUGAUAAAAUGUUUGGAUUUACUAAUCAUGGUAUUCAACAAGAUUUCCAUAUUGAAAAUCCUCAAAGCAAACAAUUGAAAAUUAAAUGGAAAGUUGAAUAUAAAUAUAAUGGUGAAUCUAAAGAAGAUACUGGUGUCAGUGUUUUAGAAUAA